CCAAAUAUGGUCAACCAGAAGUGAUGAACAAAAGAAGCGAAAACAAAAAGAAAAAAGAAAGAAAAGAGAACAGAGAACAGAGAGAAAACGGCUGGUGACUGUUGCAAAGCCGGGCAGCUCGACUUCGGAGCUGGCGCGUUCUCCGAAUCUAGCUGAUUUUUAGCAUUGUACUCAAGGUAUUUAAUGCGUUCAUUGGGCUUCAUUUGGGGACUUUCACGUUCAAGCAGCUGUCGAGAAUCCACCAUGGCUUCAGAAGUCGCAACGGCGGCGUGUAUGCCGAUGCCUUCUACUCAUUCACUCGAGAUGCCUUCCAGUAAUCUAAGACUGAGCAACUCGGGCUCAGGGGAACUGUCGUUGGCUGUCAAUAUGGAAUGGUUCUGGGAUGUUGGCAUGUUGCACGUUCGCUUUCUCAAUCACGACGACCGCUGCCAGCAGAUGGUGAAAGACGCGGCGAAGAUCUGGGAGAAGUACGCGAACAUUCGGUUCGUCUUUGACGACUCCUCGGAGGCAGAUAUUCGCAUCCUGUUUGACACGAAAUUGAAGGGUGGCAGCUCGCUGGUUGGAAAGCACAAACAGAAGGAAACGCCGUUAGACAGACCGACUAUGAUUCUGGGUUCCGGGCUUAGCGACCGGGAGUUCAAGAGAACGGCCCUUCAUGAACUGGGUCAUGCAUUGGGUUGCGUCCAUGAACACUGCAGUCCAGUAGCGAGCAUUGACUGGGACGAAGAAAAGGUCGUCUCUUGGUACGAGGAGAAUAGUGGAUGUUCCCAGGACAGGGAGUCGCUUCAGAAAUGGAUUCGGGCCAAUAUCACCCGACAAUACAACUCCAGCUCUUCUUUCCAAACCACUGAGUUCGACGAAAGGUCGAUCAUGGUCUACCAGAUCCUUCCCGGCUGGGCGAAGAAGGGCUAUUGCGUCGACUGGCCAGACAGUCUUUCCGAGGCAGACAAGAUGCUGAUCCGGAGGAUCUACCGUUCUAUCUUGCCGACAACCGAAAGUGGCCAGUAUAGCACCCAAGACAGUAGGCUAUGGUACCAGCCGAAGGGGCAAAAUGUCAUGGAAAUCCAGCUCAACAGUACACGCGAAAAUGAACCAAAUUUCACCGUAGGGAUCACACAUUUCGAUCUGGAGCGUGAAAAGAACAUGCAUCUCCAGGCCUAUGCGGACGACUUCCAACGGGACAGCUUCAAACUCCAUCUGGAUUCGAUAUCCGGCACCACCCAGUACUCAGCCGCCGCCACUUGCCUCGUGAGCGAACGCCAUGAUUUCACGUUCCAAUCUGGCACAUACGCGACCAGGCAGAAAGAUAAAACGUAUCCCGAUGGCAAGGAGUAUACAGCCCCCAUCAACUUCGAAAGAGCCUUUCGGACGACACCAGGCCUGGUUGUAUGGCUCAAGGCCUUCCAGUUCGACAAGGGAGGGCGUCUCAACGUUCAUGCGUAUGCAGGGAAUUCGGACAGGAACGGAUUCGAUCUGCAUAUUGAUAGUUGGGAUGAUGCCCGCCUCGUGAGCGCCGAGGCGUCGUGGAUUGCCUAUGAAACCGACCCACCCGGCAUCCACUCCGGAGUCCUUACGUUCCAAAAUUUCAGAGAGAACGAACAGCAGUAUGGGGAUACAAAGCGUCAUCAAAUCAAAGAGAAAAAACUGGGCGAGUGGCAGCUCAGAACGGUGUAUGCUGCUAUUUCCAAAUUCGAUUUUGAACCAGAUAAGAUACGGCUGUCCCUCAAAGUCAAUCCAAGGGUCUCUGCUUUUGAAAUCGACGCAAUGACUUGGGCGGACAGCAAAUGUCAUGGAGCAGAGGUGUCCUACCUGGCGGUUUGUGCUUGAUUUGCGUGGGGUUGGCCAGCAUCGCUCUGUUGACGGAGGGGUGAGGUCGGCGAGAUGCGAUAGCGAGGCGGGGUCUACAGAGCUUAAUUCCCUUACUAUUGUACUGCUGCGUAUUUAUAAAAGCAUGCUUAAUUCUAUUAACUGCCUAACUUAUGGGGUUUAAAUACAUUCUGGUCCCCUUUUAUAUGCCUUCAUCCGUUCCCCCCAAUACUACCAGUGCUCAUAUCUGCAGGCUCCCCUGCCAAUUAAAAACAAUACAGCGAAUAAUAUUAUGCCAUCUAAUCAAGUUCUGCUGUAUGGAGGUGUUGUUAGUCUGAUAUAUCUGUAGGGAUAAUCUGACCUGUCGCAGCUGUGACUGAUAAUAUGGAUGUAGAUUUCGACUAGAUAGGUCGAAGGCCCUAGAGAUUGUAAAAUAUCGAACAGGAUCAUGAAGAUCUUUGAAUAUCUUAGGGUCCGGUAUAUGCAAACCCAUUACAUCUUCUUGAAAA